AGAAAAGAGCUGGUUCACAGUCAACUGACUCGGAUAAUAUCGGACCGAUCUAGUUUCAACGAUAUCUGUGGCUGUGACGGCUGGCCCUGUCGACUCUAGAUCUCAUGCUUCAAACUAUCUGAAGGACUUUGAUUUUGGAGUUUGUCAUCUUGCGGCAUGCGAGUGACUUCAAACGUUCAACCUCGAGUACAAGUAAUCUCAUCUUGAUAUAUAUCAUACAUUACCAGGAACCACAUACACAUCAGUUUCCAACAUGACCGAGCAGCUCCCCCCAUAUACUACGCUUCUCCAGCCCGAGCCCGAAACACCGCAGUACACUCUCCCAGAGACAUUCAACAUCGGACGAUGCAGCACCCAGCACCUCGUCCGCCCAGAUCAGCUCAAGGCCCAUCUUCAGCUGCUGGCAGCGUUUAGCCGCCUUAAGCAGCGGGUAGUUGCCAAUGAGAGCCUUACUGCGGGAUUAGAGUCGGACAGCGAGAAACGUUGGGUAUGGUUCGUUAAUUUGGCUGUUGAACGGUUCGAGAGGUGGUGUUUGAUGAUCGAGCAAUCUGAUACAGUGGAGCAACGUUUGCCUCCCAUCGAUGUCACCAUGGUAUGGCACGCCUAUCUCCUGAAUCCGAGCUGGUAUGCGGAAGACACCACGCGGAUCUCCAAGCUGAAACCUCUCGCUCAUUUCACUGAUUACUUUCCUAACCUUCUCGAUGACCCUGAUCUGUUAACAACUGAUGCACCACAACAUGAACGCGUCUUUGCUUGGGAGCGCAGUACCAAUUCACCGUAUGAUCCAUUCGCAUCUGCCGCGGUUCUCACACACAAAUCUAUCGAGUGCCCUUACUGUUACCGCACUAUCCUUUCGCCAUUCUUGCAGCCUAACAGCAAGGGAUAUGCCCAGAGUGACUUUCGCAUCGAAUGUGAAUGUGGUCAGCCGAUCACUAAAGAAGUUCUCGGCCUUUACAAGUUUGCGAAAAACAUCGUCGAAACAACAGUGCCUGAUACAUAUUUGGCUGGAACUUUUCAUACACCCAACAGCACCUACGACAUCGCGCGCGGAGACACGAUCAAGAAGCGUGUCCUCGACUCAAAUAUCAUUUUCCAGAAGAACGAGGCAAGUGAUCGCGCGCGCCAGAUCUUGAUAAACGUCCAGUAUGACGCUGCGCGCAUGCGUACCAUGCUGAACAAGCAUUUGAAGCCAAGAUUGUUGAAUAGGAUGAUGGGAGCCUACACGGACGACAGGGUGUUCUCACUCGAUUUGGUCAGUGCUGUCCUCCGGCAAGGCUCGUUUGUGAAGAAGAUGGUCAACUUUGGAUGGACCGAGCCAGGAUAUUUCGCUGAUGAGGUGGACGCAGUAGCAUUGCAACAUUGCGUAGCUCGGUAUCACGCCUUUUUGAACAUCAUGGCAGAGUCUCCUGGCUCGUUCUUCGUGCCCACGCUCGACAUCGAUCUCGGGUGGCAUACUCAUCAACUCAUGGCGAGUCAGUAUCAAAAGGACUGUCUCUCUUUCGUAGGACGAUAUGUCGAUCAUGAUGAUAAGGUGGAAGAAGGUCAACUCACGACCUCCUUCGACUUCACCUGCCGUGCUUGGAAUGACCGUUAUCAUGUACCCUACAUGCACUGCGGGUGUCCACUACCUGGAGAUACAAUCGGCCAAAAGCUCCGAUGCCUCCUCUCCUCUCAAGUUGCCAGCAACGUGCCUUCAGUCCCUCCCAAAACUGACGCACGUGUUGCCACGCACCCAAACGAUCACAACAUCGUGUUUACCCUGCACAACAUGUCCGCAAACCUGCGUCACCGGGAGAACCGUGCAUGCAAAACAGGGGUGCGGAGGCUGCGGGCAGAACGAAACGGGAGGGCUGUGAAGAAGAAUGGGAAUGUUGAUCAUGCCAUUGCAUGUUUAUAUCCUGUGCCGAUGUUUCAUUACUACCUCGGCGGAUCCGUUACUCCUACUGGAGCGGUAGUGAAUGGAGAUUUGAAGUCUGCAGCGGUGAGUGUUAUUGCCGUGUUUGGACAAUGAUGUGUGCUAAUACCAUGCUUACAGGGGGAAGAUGGCUGUUCGAUUGGUGCCCCACCGUGUAGCUGGUCUGGUGCUGGUGGGACGGGAUGUGGAGGUGGCUGUGGUGGUGGUUGUGGUGGCGGCUGCGGUGGUGGUAGUGUGCAUGCUGGUGGGACGGGAUGUGAUGGUGGUUGCGGAAGCGGAUGUGGAGGUGGCUGCGGGGGUGGUUGUGGAGGCGGAUGUGGGGGCAGGUAAAUCAGACUGCCUGUAAUAUUUCGAGUGUAUCUAUGCGUGUAAGCUUAUCUGUGAUGCUCUGAAGAUGUUUGCUCGGUAUCAGAUACCGUGUUGUACUUUGAUUGGUCUCAUAGCAUCAUGACAGUGACUUCGUGCCAACUAUGUAGCAGUACCGAUAUCAAUCGAUUGCUUACCUGUGAUAUCAUAGUAUGUUUUGGGCCCAAUCAUACAAUCCGGACGCACGUGAUCCCCGAACGGCUC